AUGUCCGGCCGCGGAAAGGGAGGCAAGGGCUUGGGAAAGGGCGGAGCCAAGCGUCACAGGAAGGUCUUGAGGGAUAACAUCCAGGGCAUUACGAAGCCUGCAAUUCGCCGUUUGGCUCGUCGAGGCGGCGUCAAGCGAAUCAGUGGUUUGAUCUACGAGGAAACCAGAGGAGUGUUGAAGAUUUUCCUCGAGAAUGUGAUUCGCGAUGCUGUGACCUAUACCGAGCACGCCAGGAGGAAGACGGUCACCGCCAUGGAUGUGGUUUACGCCUUGAAGAGGCAGGGAAGGACUUUGUACGGUUUCGGUGCCUCUCGCCAUUAUUUUACAACAUCAGAUUCACAGCUUCCCGAUUCAACUAAUUCUCUGUACCAUCCAAAUCCAGUAGUGAAAAUGUCCGGCCGCGGAAAGGGAGGCAAGGGCUUGGGGAAGGGCGGAGCCAAGCGUCACAGGAAGGUUCUGAGGGAUAACAUUCAGGGCAUCACGAAGCCUGCGAUUCGUCGUUUGGCUCGUAGAGGCGGCGUAAAGCGGAUCAGCGGUUUGAUUUAUGAAGAAACUAGAGGCGUUCUGAAGAUCUUCCUCGAGAAUGUGAUUCGCGAUGCUGUGACCUACACGGAGCACGCGAGGAGGAAGACGGUUACCGCCAUGGAUGUGGUUUAUGCGCUCAAGAGGCAGGGAAGGACUUUGUACGGUUUUGGAGGUUAGGUUAUAGGUCGAUUACUCGAAUGAUUUCGGAUCUUAGCUUCAGAUCUGGAUUCUAUUCUCUUACUCUCCUUGUUUAGUUUUAGGUUUUCUGUUAGUUAAUCUCAAUUGUUUAGACUUUGUGAAAUUUACUUCAGUGAAGAUUAAAGAAUGUUGCUAUAAACUGUUAUGGAUUUUUCUCA